AUGAGCACUUUGCUCUGGGAGAGGAGUCGCAAGCCUCUGGUGAAACCCUUUGAACAAGGCAAGUGUUAUCCAAAAACCCAUGGAGACUUUGCAUUGGACAAGGAUACGUGUGCAAGCAAUGGGGCCAAGUCAACAGCCCAGACAGUCCCCACUGGAGAGGAAGAGGAGAAGGGGUAUAGAACUUCCAUGCUAGAUGCUCUUCUCCUCACGCUCGUUCACAGAUCUGGAAGCCACUUUGGAGAGGACUCUCCUUUCCCUGCAAUAGCCACAGAGGACCCCAGGGGCCCGAGUGAAGUUACUAACAGUGUUUCCCUCUCUGAUCCUCAUGCAGGUGCUCCUGGAUGCUGCCAGCCCACAGUGCCUGCAAGGCUCAGUGUCCUGCAUGAAGACCUCUUUGUUUCCAGUUCAGAUGAAGAGGAGGAAGAAGAGAAUGAUCUGUUCUGGGCGGCUAUGGCGGCAGCAGCUGGCGCUGCGGGAGGUCGAGGCUCUGGGCCAGGGCGGCGGCGCCAUCUUUUGCCCGGGGCCGGCAGGAAGCCUAAGGAGGGGGCCCCGGGCGUCGCGGGUGACUACCCGAACGAACUAGAGGCGCUGGAGCUGGCUGAGGACUUGAUGCUAGAGCUCGAGCCAGAGGAGGAGCUGCCUCGGUCCCGCGCCCCACAGGGAGCCUCCGGCCCUGGGCCCGGCGCAGGAGCCCAAGGCAGUCAGGAGGACGAGGAAGAGCCAGGCCUGGUCGAGGGCAACCCGGGGCACGGCGCUAUAGAGGACCCGGAGCUGGAGGCCAUCAAAGCCCGAGUAAGGGAGAUGGAGGAAGAGGCAGAGAAAUUGAAGGAGCUUCAGAAGGAGGUGGAGAAACAGAAGAACAGGAGCCCACCGCCAGGCAAUGCUGGCCCCCGGAUCUUGUCCAUUGAGGAGAAGAUGGAGGCUGAUGCCCGGUCCAUCUAUGUGGGCAAUGUUGACUAUGGUGCCACAGCAGAAGAGCUGGAGGCACACUUCCAUGGUUGUGGUUCAGUUCAUCGAGUUACCAUCCUUUGUGACAAGUUCAGUGGCCAUCCUAAAGGGUUUGCAUAUAUAGAAUUUUCAGAUAAAGCUUCGGUGAGGACGUCAAUGGCCUUGGACGAAUCUCUUUUCAGAGGACGACAGAUCAAAGUGACACCAAAACGGACCAAUCGGCCGGGGAUCAGCACCACAGAUCGGGGUUUUCCGCGUGCCCGCUAUGGUCGUGCCAGAGCUACUAACUACCAUAGUUCAGGCUCUCGAUUCUAUAGUGGCUUCAACAGCAGACCCCGGGGCCGAGUCUACGGGGCCCGGGCUAGAGGGGAGUCAUGGUAUUCCCCUUACUAA